UUUUUUUUAAUUGCCAAACAAUUUUCCCUCUUGGCCAAAACAUUUCCCUCUCAUUUUCCCCCAAAUCGACCCUCUCUCUCGUUUUCCCCCAAAUUGACUCCGGUCGGCCGACCAUUGCUAUUGAAAUAGCAAGCUAUAGCUUCUUUCAUUGUUGAACAAGUCAUGGGAGCAGGAGGAGUCAUAUCUUCUCCAGCUACCUAUUUUGAUAAGAUGAGGUCAUCUGUGCUUUGGGGAGGCUCGGAACAAUGUUUAGCUGUGACAAGUAUAACAUCAAACAUGAUCUUGUCUCAUUUGCAAAGGCUCUUUCUUCUGCAUAUAUUCCAAUUGGAGUUGUUCUUGUAAGCCCUGAAAUUUCUGAUGUAAUAUAUCCUCAAAGCAAUAAAAUUCGUUUCUUUUCACAUGGAUUCACUUAUUCUGGGCAUCCUGUUGCAUGCGCGGUGGCAUUGGAAGCUCUUAAGAUCUACAAGUGUCAAAUCCUUCUGAUAAACCAAGAACCAAGGUUGAGUUGUUGCAGCAAACUGUCUCAUCGUCUCCUCCUGUUAAUAACAGUCUCUCAAGCAAGCUUCACGUCUUUAAGCCAACAAGAGAGGAAUGGUGUUUCUUCUGGUAUGAACAGUAGCUUGAGCCCAAAGACACACAGCAAAGGGUCAAAUGUCCUGACCAUUCCUCCCGCAAAUAUUGCUGCUUCCUCUGCCUCUGGACCCAAACCUAUUGGGACAAUGGUGGAAAAGAAACUAUCAUCCCAAGCUCAGAGUCGGAAUGAUUUCUUCAAUCUUAUGAGAAAGAAAUCUAUUAGAAGCAGUUUUGCUGUCAGUGUUGAAGGCUCUGUUAUAUCAUCAUCAUCAUGUGAUAUAGUGAUCCUAAUGACAUUCGUCGAUUUCAUUGCAAAUUGUCUUGGAUAUUCAAUUGUGAUGAUUUAAUUGUCUUGAAUAUUGACGGUUUUAUAUUUAAAUUUGAUUUUGGAGUUUGAAGAUACUAGUUAAUGUUGAAAAUUUAGAGUUUAAAAAUGUUAAUGUUGAAAAUUUAGUUUAAUGUUCAAUGUAUUUUUGA